CGUGCACCUUUCCCCUCGCCGCCGGCUUGGAACCGGCCUUGCCACUUAUUUAAACAGCCGCCAGCGCGCCGACUACUUUCUUGCUGCUGUCCCUGCCAGUGCACGUGUGUUUCCUUGCUGCGGGCUCGGUUGUCUGCGGCGUUUUCCGGUCAAAAGCCGCCUCUUCUGCUUGCCGGGGGCUUCGGCGUCGCAAGUGUCUGCAGCAAGGGACGCAGCUUGCAUCAUGUGGCUCUUGCUGGCGACACUUGGGGCGGCCCAGUGCUUGGCAGCCCUGGCGCAGCUGGGCGACGGCGUGGCCGGUAAGUACGCCUUCCGGCGGCUUCCCCCGCCGCAGCCUCUGCCCCCGCAGAAGGACUUGGCCUACCUAGGCGAGCUGCCUUCACCUCCUCUGGGUGGGCACUCACACACAGGCCCCGAGGGAGGUGUCCCGCCGCUGGGUGACUGCGUGUGCGUGCCCUACUACCAGUGCAAGGAUGGCAAGGUGUCCGAGGACGGCGGCGGACUGCUGGAUGCGCGCCGCAAGCUGCCGCCCAAGGAGGAGAUCCCGCUGGAUGGGCUCGGCGACCGGAACCAGCAGUGCCCGGGCGUCGACCAGGUGUGCUGCGCCGAGCCGUCGGCCGUCACCGAGACUCCGUACGUGGCCUCGUGCGGCAUCCGCAACGACAACGGCAUCAACAGCCGCAUUCUCACCAAGGACGGCAAGGGCGAGGCCGAGUUCGGCGAGUGGCCGUGGCAGGCUGCAGUGCUGAAGUACGAGAGUGAGAUCCUCAAGUUCGAGUGCGGGGGCACGCUGAUCGCCAGUCGCUACGUCCUCACGGUCGCUCACUGCGUCGCUCGGUUCACGGGUGCCGACCGCGUGCCCUUGAAGGUCCGCUUGGGCGAGUGGGACACGCAGUCGAUGAAGGAGUUCUACCCGCACGAGGACUAUGAUGUCGGCAACAUCUACAUCCACCAGUACUUCCGCAACAGCUCUCUCUGGAACGACAUCGCGCUGCUCGAGCUCACGCGACCUGUAUCGUUCGCACCGCACAUCUCUCCCAUUUGCCUGCCGAAGCUCGAGGACGUCUUCGAGGGCAGCUCCUGCGUCGUUACCGGAUGGGGAAAGGAUGCCUACCGCACAGGCAAGUUCGCGAACAUCAUGAAGGAGGUGACGGUGCCAGUGAUUGACAACCCGACGUGCCAGAACCUUCUGCGCCAGACGCGACUAGGCCGCUACUUCCGCCUGCACGAAGGCUUUAUCUGCGCCGGAACAGAGGACGGCGUCGACUCCUGCAAGGGCGACGGCGGUGGGCCCCUGUCGUGCUACGCUGCGGACGGGCGCUACCACUUGGCCGGCCUGGUCGCCUGGGGCAUCGACUGCGGCACACCGGACGUCCCAGGCGUCUACACGCGCGUCGCCAAGUACCUCGACUGGAUCUCUGAGGUCACCCACCUCCCCAUCUCCGAGUUCUACCCCAAGUGAUCAGUGCCGGCGGCGAUCACGAAGCGGGCACUUUCUUCCAGUUUUUAGCCACGUUGCUCUCACCGCUUUCACGUUGCCAAGUUCAGCCAACCGCAUGGAGCUCUGUUUCAUCACGUACAGCUGGGCACAUUUGUCAGUGCAGUCCUGUACAUAAUUUUAAUAAACGGAACAAUCUUUGUGUU